UAACGGUUUCUGCGUUUCGUUUAGGGUUUUGCUUAAUCCCCAAAUUUCUCAAUUCUUACUUGACAUGCUUCUUCUUGAAUGGAUUAUGCGUUUCUAGAGCUCUGAAUCAAUCAAUGGCUGUCAUAACGAGCAACGGUAAACGCCCCCAACAUUGCCUAACCGUGAAUCACAAUUAUCCAUCGAAAAGACCCAGACUGUCACGCAUGACACACAACCACACCGAAUCGACUAGUAUGGUUUCAAGAAUUUCCCGGUACCCCGAAGCUAAGCAGCCGUUUAAUAGGGAGAUUCACGCCCCGUUUAGACCACGUAAGUUUGAUUUUUCCACCAGUUCGAGCUUCAAGCCUAGUGGUGGUUAUGGUUAUUCUAAUAAUGAGAAUGUUCGUAACGAUAUUGGGGGCUGUGUGUUAUUUAAAAAUCACCCACGUGAUAGUCACAAGGAUGCGGUUUCUCAAGAUUCAGGUGUAGAAGAGGUUCAUUUUAUAGAAGAACAUGGGCGAGAAUUGCGCUCUGUUGCUGAAGGCCACCAUUUGGAUGCCAAGGUUAUAAAUGGUGGCCUUCAGCAACAGUCAACUUCAUCUGUAGUUUCUGAGUUGUCUAACAGUAAUUUGAAUGUGGUCAGUGCUGCAAAGGUGUUCGACACUUUAUCCCUGAGUCCGGAAUAUGAUCUUUCAAGUGUUCAUGCCUACAGGAAGUUGCUUGAGACUGUUGUUAAGCGAACAGAUAAGAUUAAUAGGCUGAGCCUUGAGAUUCAACUUACUGAGAAGCUCAAGUCCACGUUUAAUUUGUUGCUCCCAAAGAAGGAACUAAUAGAGGAAGUGCCAUCGGUACCUUUUGUUCCUCUUACAAAGGAGGAAGAAGAUGAGGUUGCAUGUGCUUUUUCAGCCAACCGGAAGAAGGUCUUGGUUACCCAUGAGAAAUCUAACAUUGAGAUCUCGGGUGAAAAUUUUCAGUGCCUCAGGCCACAUGCAUGGUUAAACAAUGAGGUGAUAAAUUUGUACCUUGAGUUGCUGAAAGAGAGGGAGAGAAGAGAGCCACACAAGUUUCUGAACUGUCAUUUUUUCAAUACCUUUUUCUACAUAAAGUUAAUUAAUGGCAAGAAUGGUUAUGAUUUCAACUCUGUGAGGAGAUGGACCAGCAAAAAGAAAUUGGGAUAUGGCCUACAUGAAUGUGAUAAAAUAUUUGUACCUAUUCAUAAAGAGAUCCAUUGGUGCCUAGCUGUUAUCAAUACGAAAGAUAAGAAGUUUCAGUAUCUUGACUCGCUGAAAGGAAUGGAUACCCAAGUGCUGAAAGUGCUGGCUAGAUAUUUUGUAGAUGAAGUAAAGGACAAGACUGGGAAAGAUAUUGAUGUAAGUUCUUGGGAAAAAGAAUUUGUUGAAGACCUUCCUGAACAGGAGAAUGGGUAUGAUUGUGGGGUGUUUAUGAUCAAAUAUACUGACUUUUAUAGCAGAAACCUGGGGCUGUGUUUCAACCAGGAACACAUGCCUUACUUCCGGCGUAAAACAGCUAAGGAAAUCUUGAGAUUGAAAGCUGACUAAGCAAAGAAUGACCAUUUAACAGUAAUCCAAUACUUCGUCGUCCAUGGACCAUUUUGGGCAUCAGAAAUAGGAAAAAUCAUUAAUGUUAAAAUAAGCAGCGUUCUUUUUGAUGAAGGAUCCUUCACUUCUGUCACUA